AUGGCGCCUCGGAGACCAAUUGAACGGAAAUCUUCACUUGCAAAACGCUCUCAAAUAAGGCACUCUGGCUACGGAAGAGGUGCUUUUGGAGCCAGCCCUUUGAACCCAAGAUCGAGGGCUUCAAACAAAGAGACAAAUGAAGAUAGAAUCGAAAAUAUUUCUGAGGCGAAUUCGUCAACAACUACGAUUGCUUCAACAAUCAAAGCGCUUUCUUUGAAGUCAACGCGCUCGAAAGCGUCCACAGCCGUUUCAUUUGGAUCUUCCUCAGUCUCUGGUACCGCAAUCGAAGGUUCUCCUGGGCCAACCCGAGAGGAAAAGGCAGCACGAAAAAAAGCAGUGAAAGCAGCGCGGAAAGAAAACAAAAAAGCCGAUCCAAAUUUCGCGUACCUUCCCAAAGGUUUAAACAACAAGAUCAGAAAUAAGGAUCCCUUGAAGGCCAAGAUCAGAAGACUGUUCAAACCUAAGAAGAAAAAUGUCAACAAACCAAUCGAUCGAAGUCAACCAGUUGCAACUCCGAAACUCCGUUAUAGAACCGAUCAGCCCACACCAGCACCAGAGAGGUAUGUUCCACCAAUCGCGCCGGCAAGGAAGCUGGAUGCAAAAAUUGAGCUGGACAAGACGGGGGCAUGCUUGGGCGGCGAGUUUCAGGUCCUCACAAUAACACAAGAGGAACGUGACAAGCACGUCGAACAGGCGCAAUUCCAGCAUGAGCUUAGAAAGGCAACCGAACAGAGACUACGGCUAGAAGGCAGGGCACAGGUGAAUGAUCCAAAGAUUGGCCGAGCGCCCCCAAUAGCCCGUCGAGCGCUCAUUGAGCCUGCGCUUUCAAAGCAAACCAGGAGGAACAGAUCUGAAUUGAUGCCCAUUGGCGUUAAUGAACCUCCCACUCUUAUUGAGAAGGUUCCCCCAGAAAUUCUACCAGCGAAACAGACGCAGGCGUACAUACAGAACGAUCAUUUGGGGGAAUUUACGCAGAAUCCCCAUCAACUGAAUGAUAGCGCCCAAACUUCAUUGGAGAAUUUGACGGGGCAAACUACACCGUGCUCAUCAACAGAGGUCUUGCCGUACAAAACUCGUCACCGAAGCAAUCUCAGCUCCUCUAGAAGGCCACAUCGAAAGCAAUCGGUAACAUUUAAUGAGUCCGUUACACAAUUUACCAUUCCAGAAACAGAUUAUGAUACGUCAGACAUUACAGAGAUAGCCAGCGACGAGACUAUUCGCAAUGUCGCCUUGACUGGAACUGUUGCUGAUCAUAAUCAACCAUCAGAGCCACAGGUUGAUCUAACAAAAUCAUGGAGCUCGGCUGGAAAUAACUCGGGGGAAAAAUCCAAAAGAUCGGGUAUUCAUACUGAAGAUGAGCUCCAAGCGAUGCUUAUUGCCGGUUUGAGAGAAGAAGGAAAUCCGGACCUCAGAGAGAAAGGUGUUGCACCGCAAGGCAAUUGUACCAUCUCACAGAGAGGUGGUACCCGGGCAAUUGAAAGCUCUAGAAACAUUGUUCAAGUCCAUUCCGAUAUUUCAGAAACAUUAGACGAUACAUCCAAAGCUCUUAGAGAAGAUAGCGUAAAGAAGGAAAUCUUGGGUGUUCGAAAUUCGCGUGUGAAGAAUUUCCUUAAACACGCUAGCUCAACUCCCGAAUUUCGUCCUGCCUCUUAUGAUACAAUCACAAAUUUCCUACUUGCUUCGAAUACGCCGGCGCCGCCAAUUCCCACCAAGUCACCAUUGAGAAAGUUAUCUCAGCCAAAUUUGCUUCCUGUCAAUAAUACGUUAAAUGCGUCGAAUUCACACGAUUUCAUUGCACAUAAUCAAUCACCAUUUGCGAAAUAUCGCAUUGAGUUAAAGCAACUGACCGAGGCGCAUGAGGAGAAGAUGGAGUUCUUGAAGAAGAAGAAACAAGAACAUCGCAAGAAAUAUGGUGAUCUCAAGAAUCAGGAUGAUCCUGGCGAAUCCACAGCGAAGCCACAGUCCAAGUUAAGAUCCAGAAUCUCUAACCUGUUCAAAUCGUUAGAAAAGUUAGCAGGAGCAACUGAGGAGGAAGGAAUUCUUGAUAACGUUGUUACAUCUUUUGAGGAUCCAGGUGAAGAUUGGGUUUAUGAUCCCUUGGGUUUAAUUGCCGGUCAAUACAUUGCUCCCCUCGAUUAUCAUCGUUGCGGGUACAACACACCAGGUUUCAAUCACGCGUUAAGGGAGGAACAAGAAGAUCAUACUGAGACGGGUGCAUUGUCAAUUACUCCUGAUCAGGUUACGCCACAGGAGGAGCACAACCCCGAUCUUGUAACAAGCACAAGCAGCGGCUAUACUUCGGAUUCAAGGUCUGAGAGUGAGGAUACACCAAAGGCCGACGGUGAAAAGUCAACCUCAAAACCAUACUGCGAGGCUCUUACCCCUUUGCAAAACAUUGAUUACGAGUACAGUUAUACUGAACCAACACCUGAAUUCCUUGCUACCGAGUCGGACGAGGCUGCGGAAAAGCGUAGGCAGAGGGAAAUUGAAGCAUCGGUGCGAGCCAACAAAGCGGUCUUGCUAGCACAUGAAGCUGCACUACGAGAUUUUGAUAACUCUCCACUUGCAGCUGGAUUCCAUAGUACAAGAAACUCCAGCAGCGGAAGUAGUACAACGGACGACGCGACACACGGUGCAAAUACUUCUUCUCACGUGACUACGAACGCACCGCCGGUUACUCAAGAAGAACGUGGCUCAAAUUUACCAAAAUUUCAAAGAAAAGAAUUCACAGCUUCGGAAGGUGCGAAGAAACCUAAAUUCCAAGAGCCAACUUAUUUGCUUUCUCGCGGUUACUCAGGCGAAUCCUCAACGCAAGAACCAGAGAAUUUACUUCCGACAGCGAGAACUUUACAACAACCCCCACAAACAACCACCGGCCCCUCUUUACGAAAUAAUCAUUUCGGCGGUGCUUCUGAACUGCGCGAAUCUCGCGGUUCUUUUGGGUUCAAGAGUCAAAAUUCGUCCACACGCAGUCCUCACAUUUCAAAAACUACAGAAACACUGAAAUCUAGUGAAACUACCCGAGGCUCAAGCAAACAAUUCACUACCCCUCAACAAGCUGAGCCGGUACUAAAUCGUCAUUCACGACGUGUCUCAUCGACUUCUUCUAUUAGUAGGCAAUAUUUUAGGGAAGAAUCCGACAAGUGGAUCAAUUCUGAUACGCUCGCUGAAAACGCUGCCGAAGAUAGUGAUCUGGAGGAUACUUAUCGUGCUUACUUCCAAAGCUCAAGGCCUGAGAUAUUUUCUCAAGAUCUCACAUUUACAGACGACGCUCAAGCUGCUGCUAACCUCGAGCGGGCACAAGCACGCAGGGAAGAGCGAAGGGAAGCUCGUAAAGCUCUUCAAGAAUCUUUAGCUCAUACAGCUCAAUCUGAAGAGGAUCAAAAGAGAAAGUCAGAGAAGGAAGCAGAAAAUCAAGCCAAUUUUGAGCGUUCGCUCACGCUUCGUCGACCAGAUCAUAAUCCAGUCGGUACCGCUCGUCUCAGAUACUUGCUCUUGAGUGGCAGAGAUCGAAACAGUCUUGAAGAGCAAGAAUUUGUAACCCUUUGCGCGACGCGCUAUCCAGACGGUAAUCUUCGUCAAGAACCGAGAUCAGAAGAAGUUCAAGCUGCAGAGUCUGAACUCCCUAUUCCGCGUUUAUCACUUAAUCGUCGUCCAGACUAUAUUUCCGACGUUACCACUUCUAAUCUUUCAACAUUUGGUACUUUCAGACAACUGCGAGCUCCUGCUUCAAUCAAUCCUGUCAAGAAAUUGCACACUCUCGCUACCUCUGACUCUGUUGAACACGAUAAAUUGCGCGUGGAUAGACUUCAAAGUGAUCGCAACAUCUCCACCGGCUCUCCAGUUUCCAGAGGCGCCAGUAACUUUGGUUUCAAUUCGCCUAUCAACGCUCCCAAACAAGAUUCGACAGCUCAAGCAAUUCAAGUGGCUUAUCGCUCCCAGAUAUCUCAACCUAGAAGUCUUCAGAAAGAGUUCCAAACACCGCCUCCUUCGUCACAAAGCUAUAGAGCUCAAUCGCCUCUUUCUGCAUUGAAACCCCCGCAGAACUGGUCGCGAGACAAUUCAUCCGCCACCCAAGAACCGCUUACAAACUCGCGUCCUGGACAGAUCUCCUCCUCUUCCCGUCAAACAACUCCUACACCACGCGAUUUGCCAAAGACAUCAGUCGUAAGAAAAAAAUCGGCUUUUAUCCUACGUAAUAGCUCCCAAAUAUCUGCAGACAGACAAGGAAACUCUUCUGCAUCUCGUCUUCCAGUUCCAGGAACGAACGUUGCACCUGGAAAUCCAAAUAUACCUCCUUCGCAGCUUUCUUUUUUAGACGUUAGCCUCGUAGCUUUAGGAGCCCAUUUUGCCGAAAUGGACAAGCUCCAAGUCAGAAACUCCGAACCAGUUUCGGUCAAGACAAAAGCUAUCGAGGAUGCACGGCUCAUGCAAGCUUCAGUUAUUGAAGCAGCAACUAAAUCAGGAAAGGAACCACCAAAAUAUGCGUUGAUAGAAUUAAUCGGAAAGGGAAGUUUUGGACGUGUUUAUAAAGGAAAGGACAUGGUAUCAGCUGCUAUUGUGGCUGUGAAGAUCAUCGACAUUGAGGAGAGCGAUACGAUAAACCCAAAGAAUGCCAAUUCUUAUGCCGAAUUCUUGAAAGAAAUUACCGCUCUAAAGACUCUGAGUGAAAACAAAGCUCGGAAUAUCAAUCACGUCAUCGAAGCAUUACCAGUUGGACAAGCCAUGUGGAUGAUUACUGAAUACUGUGGUGGAGGAAGUGUUGCUACUCUUAUGAAGCCUACUGCUCCUGGAGGUUUACAAGAAAAAUGGAUCAUACCGAUACUUCGCGAGGUCGCCGAGGCUAUCAAAUGGGUACACGAGGCUGGCAUCAUACAUCGAGAUAUCAAGUGUGCCAAUGUUCUUAUUACUGAAGAAGGUGCAGUUCAACUUUGCGACUUUGGUGUUGCUGGAACCAUGGAAACAAAGGUUGACAAGAGAUCUACCGUCAUUGGCACACCGCAUUGGAUGGCACCAGAAUUAUUUGACGCCGUCCCCAGCUAUGGUAAAGAAGUUGAUAUAUGGGCUUUCGGCUGCAUGGCUUAUGAGAUCUCCACUGGUCUUCCGCCUAAUGCCAUGAGUCGACUUCCAUUCGAUCGACUUGGCUCUCUUAUUAAACAGCAUGCUCCACGACUUGAAGGAGGUGAUUAUUCUGACGAACUAAGAGACCUCGUUGCCUUCUGCUUGGAAGAGUUCCCAAGUGAACGUCCUUCCAUUGACCGAGUUCAGAAUCAUCAUUACAUUCUCAACACUAGUUCAAAAUAUCCAAUGUCCUCACUUUCUCAUCUUGUCAGGGCAUUCAAGCUGUGGGAAGAUCAUGGGGGAAGCAGGAAAUCUCUAUUCAUGUUAGGUGGAGCGCAAGCACCAUCAGAGUUUUCCUCAACGGCAUUGUCCGAUGAUGAGUGGAACUUUAGUACAACUGCUGCAUUCGAACAAGAAGUUAGACGCAAAUCAACAGCUCAAGAUGUUUACGAUGUGUAUGGCUCAGGUGUUGAGUUUGAUCCUGGCUUCCCUCAAGAGACUGCCCGUCCGCCACCUCAAAAAGGACGACGCCGUCCCCCACCAGAGGCCCUAGCACCAUCUCGUGGUCCCUUAGAAAAGAUCUUUGAUCCAAACACACUAACAAGCUAUGAGGAUAAUGUUCGCAAUCAUUAUGGCCGGCCGUACCUUCCGCCAACUUCAGAAUUACCACCUGUUCCAUCUCGUUCUGACUUACCUUUACGUGAUGAUACAGCGCAAACAUCGAUCAGGGAUACUAUGAUUGAUCUUGGAGGGCAUGAUGCCGAAACAGGUAUAUCUGUAUUCCCGGAUAUGGAUACUAUCAAAGCAGGAAGACGUGUACGAGAGGAACCCGAUGAAGAUUAUAUGACCACAUUGCCCGAUUUCAGUCGACCAGCACUUAGCGAUCCAGCUGAUAUAAAUCCGAAUCGACGUACGCGAGAAUGGAAAUUUCCAACAAUGGUACCGCCGGCGUCAGCAGAUCCAGAGGUAUCUAGGUUUCCCCCUUCAACUUAUGAAGUUCCCAAACCAGCAUUCACUCCAGGCAUCGGUGGUCGUCCUGGUUUGAUUCAUCAUCCAACUGAGCCUCUAGGUGGAUUCAGUGGUGGACUUCCACCUGCAGAAGUCCACAGUGGUAUGCCUCGUUUAUCCUUCCGCGAAUCUCUCAUCGAUCUAGAUAUGAGCAUGCUGGACCCGGUACCAGCUUUCAAUCCUGAUUUUGGUCGACCAUCAACAGCAGAUUCUGAUGCUAUUUCCAUUCUAAGCCAUUCUGGACAAGCAUUGACGUCUUCUACAGUAAAUCCAUUUGAACUCGAACGUCAUGCUUCACUUUCUCAACCUACCCCUCAUUCCCGUGAACCUUCUCUUUAUACUCCUUCUCACUCCCGCGAACCCUCUUUAUUCGUGCCUUCCCACGAGCGCGAGCCUUCUCUUUACGCCCCAUCUCACGAGCGCGAGCCUUCUCUUUACGCCCCAUCUCAUGAGCGCGAACCUUCGAUCUACGUUACAGAAGAAAUGGGAACAUUCUCAGCUUCUGCUACGCCUCCUCGUCCGGAAAGUACAUCACGUUCACUUCGCGCAGAUCGUCCACCUCGUCUUCGUACUGGUAAUGCUCUUCGCGACAUUGCCGAUAUAUCAGACUUUUCGGAUUCAGCUGCUGAGAGUACGAUGGGUUACAACACAGAUGCCAAUGAUACAGACUCAGACUACGCAACCGCUUCGACCCAGCCACCUCCAACGUCUGCUCCUUCACGCGAUCCAAAUGCCACAUAUACCAUGGCACAUUUCCCAAAUCUACCCAAUGCUCCUUCAGUUCGUGCUUUGACAGGCGAAGCAGCGCAUGAAGAAAUGGUUUUUGAAAUGUCAAGAAUGUUACGUGGUUUGACUGGACAACUCGAAGCUUUUCGCGAUGUUUAUGGUUCUGAAGAUCUGGCUCGGAGAUCUAACCAGAGACGUGAACGAAGAGAUAAUGGGGAAAAUGGUGUUUAG